AACUCACUUGCGCCCCGAAACACUUUGUGACACUUUGUCUCCUUGCGCCCCUAGCCCCGAUACACGUGAUGUGGCAAAGCGUGUUUCGGGGCGCAAGUGAGUUCAAAUUACCACUAUCCCGUAUUGGUUACGUUCUGUUGGAGCCGAAACCUUUAGGAGUCUGACAAACUCCGUCGCUGCAAGCGUGUUUCCCUCUGGAUUGCUGUAAACAAGGAUAACAACUUAAGCGGCCCAAAAAGCUGUUAUCACAAUAUAACACCCACCCCUUUUCAACAAGUCAAUAAAAUCAUUAAUUCAGUAUAUUUACAGAACUCGGGAAUCCCUCAGGGUGUGUGUUAUCGAUUAUUUAUAAAUCCGAAAUCCAAACAUGUCCGUUGACCCGUUAUUCAGACUCUGUAUAACCUUCCUGUUUAUUAGGUUUGGCGUCACUUGUAAAAGGACGCCGUUUCAAUCACAAUGCAGUACCAGGUGUUUAAGAUAGAGUCAAAUGUUAACGCCAGUUUAAUUUAAAAAAGCGAUACGUUGCACACAAUAUUCAGUUUAAGCUGUUUCCUGUUGCAGUGCGGACAUCGAAAUCGGCUAUCAAGGCGGAAGUAUUUACCGUCGUAGAGUAAGAAGGAUUUAAACAAACAUGAAUCGUAUUUUGCUGUCUGUGAUAUUAAUUAGCCUUGCUUCAGAUUCAUCAUGUCUUCGUUGUCUUCAGUGCUUUUCUAACUUGUCGUGGAAGGACUGCAACAAACACGCUAUCAAGACAAACGAGUGCAAACCUCCAAAAGUCUGUUAUAUGUCUCACCGAAUGUUCAAACGGAAUGGACAGCAAGAGCAUCAAUUCAUUAAGGCUUGUUACAACCCAGACUGGUGUCCAGAAGAGAAGUGCAGAGAGACUUUUGAGAGGCAAUUGGAAAGCUCGUGGUGCGAGACAAAAUGUUGUAAAGACGAGGAUUUCUGCAACGCUGGGAUGACUCGCUCAUGGGAAAAAGCUUAUGGAGGAAAAGCGGCUUCGUUUUCUUCACCAUCCACACUUUGUCUGAUCAUGAUCCAGGCUGGACUACUGGUGCUGUUUAUGACAGCUUGGAUUUAGCAACUUCUUAUGAAUCGAGGGCUUUGUUGUUAGAGCCCGCUGUUUUGUUUUGUUUGUUUUUUUACAUAUAUAUAAAAGAGUUACCUAAAAGAAACGUUUACUGACAUUAGAGAGUUGUAAAACUUGGUUAAAACUACGGUUUUUUCAGUUGGCCGAAGUUAUCUUUUUAGUAAUAAAGCUUAUAAAAAUAUCGAGUUCACGCGUUCAAAACGCUAACCUGGUAAUUCUAUCGAGCUUAAAAUCACUCUAUUGUAUGCGUGUUCAGCUCUUUAUUCGUUGAUGGUAUUUUCCAACCCUGCCCUAAAACAGAAACCAUCACAAGUUUCUCUUCACUUAUAUCUCGAAAUAUCUUGACUAUAAAUACAUCCAGCGAAAAUUUUGUAUAGUCGUUUCUCAGCGAAUAUAAGUAAAAAACAAAUUUAGUAACACAACAACAAAAGAAGUCGGGUGCA